AUUUAGUUGCCGUUCAGCUGCAAACCAGUUUAUCCUGAAUUCUCCGCAACGAGCGGGUGAGGUGAGGCUCUCUUUCUCUCUCACUCCCUUCCUCUCCUGCAAUCAUCAAAUCUUUGAAGAUGGAGAUACGUGUCUCUGCUUGCUCUUGUCCAUCCUAAGCCAAAACAGAAACCAAAGUGACCCAUCAAUUUACCUAACGCUUUGACAUAAACAUAGUAACGGAGAAUCAAAGAUAGUAUAUUACUAUGUCGUUCUCUAUCCUUUCUCCCCCUAUUUCGCCUCCUUCCCACCCUCCAUCCAUCGUUUCGUCUCCUAAUUUUGCUCUCUAUCAUCCCCACUACGCUCUAUAUCACCGCCAACGCAGUCAGAGACAUUGCCGCUCAAUUCCAAAAGAGUUGUUUCUUGGCCAUUGUAGAACAAAACGGAGCUUGGAUAUUGGUUCUAUGGGGAAAAGGGGAGAUGGGUUCUUCUUGGUUUCUGCGUUUUGUAGCUCCAGAGGGAGUAGCAGAGAGGGGGAUUUUGAAAGUGAUGGAGAUGAUGAAGAGGAGGAGAUAGAUGAGGUUGCUGGUUCUUCUUGUGUUUUGCCUGAGAGAUGGGAUGUUCUUGGUCUUGGUCAAGCCAUGGUGGACUUUUCUGGAGUGGUUGAUGAUGAAUUUUUGGAGAGACUGGGAUUGGAGAAAGGAACAAGGAAGGUCGUUAAUCAUGAGGAGAGAGGUAGAGUUUUGCGGGCUAUGGAUGGUUGCAGCUAUAAGGCAGCUGCUGGUGGAUCUCUUUCCAAUACCUUGGUCGCCUUGGCAAGACUUGGUGGCAAGCCCAUUGGAGGUCCUGCCUUGAAUGUAGCUAUGGCAGGCAGUGUAGGGAGUGAUCCAUUGGGUGGCUUUUACAGGUCAAAAUUGCAGCGGGCAAAUGUAAAUUUUCUCUCUGCACCCAUCAAGGAUGGGACAACAGGGACUGUUAUAGUUCUCACAACUCCAGAUGCUCAACGUACAAUGCUUGCUUAUCAGGGAACAUCGUCAACUAUUAAUUAUGAUUCUUGCUUGGCUGGUGUAAUCUCCAAGACAAACAUAUUUGUUGUUGAAGGUUAUUUAUUCGAAUUUCCAGAUACCAUAAGAACAAUUUCAAGAGCGUGUGAGGAAGCACGCAGGAAUGGUGCACUAGUAGCAGUCACAGGAUCAGAUGUAUCCUGUAUCGAGAGACACUAUGAUGAUUUCUGGGAAAUUGUGGAGAACUAUGCUGAUGUUGUGUUUGCAAACAGUGACGAAGCAAGAGCUUUUUGUCACUUUUCCUCAAAGGAAAGCCCCAUUUCAGCAACAAGGUACCUGAGUCACUUUGUUCCAUUGGUCUCAGUCACAGAUGGACAGAGAGGCUCUUACAUUGGGGUAAAAGGAGAAGCUGUAUAUAUUCCCCCUUCUCCAUGCGUACCAAUAGACACCUGCGGUGCUGGGGAUGCAUAUGCAUCUGGUAUUUUAUAUGGUAUACUACGCGGUGUAUCUGAUUUAAAAGGCAUGGGUGCUUUAGCAGCUAGGAUUGCAGCCACAGUUGUUGGGCAACAAGGGACACGACUUGCGGUUCAGGAUGCUGUCAAGUUGGCAGAGUCGUUCACAUUCAAUCUUAAGAACACUGUAAGAACAGAUGUAGGCUCUGAUAACAUUUCCAGCUUGUAGCAUGGUGUCUAGUCCCCCACACCCCUCCCCCCAACCUUUUUGUGAUUUUCUCAGUUGUUCUAUAUUCUUUGGUUGAUAGCUUUAUAGUUUCUGUACAUUAUACUGCUAAACAUUGAUCAUAUACCCUAAACAUUGAUAAUUCAUCCUUAUAUUUUCAG